AACCCCACCACCACCUUUACAGGAACUCUCUCUCUCUCUCUCUCUCUCUCUCUCUGGAUCAUGACGAUGGAAGUUCAGGUGUCCAACGAAUCGCCGGAUCGUCACCAGACAAACACCGAUGCCACGACCGUCAAGUUCAAGGGCAAGCGCACCAGGCGCCAACGCCCGCCGUCUCCCCUCGCGUUGACCAUGGCCUGCAGUAGCAGCUCCGAUUCCGAAGCAAGGACGGCCAUCACCCGCCAGAAGCUCGACGACGACGAAGACUCCAAUCCCACCACGACUGCUACUGCUACAGUGUCGCGCCACUCUCCCGAGAGCACCAAAGAAGAAGAGGAAGACAUGGCCAACUGCCUGAUACUCCUGGCCCGCGGCCAAGGACCGAUCGCCCCGAAAGACAAGGUCGAAGCGUCAUGCACCUUUUCGUGCAAGACUUGCGGCCGGAGCUUCCCGUCCUUCCAAGCUCUCGGCGGGCACAGAGCCAGUCACAAGAAGCCCAGGCUUAACGACGAGGACAAGAACAACAAGCCCAUCCACGUCACGAUGAAGGGCAACGAUACCGGCGACAAACAGCGGAUCGUUGAUGCAUGCACGGCUCUUUCUCUGCAAAUCACGCCUGCCGGAGGCCCUGCCAUGUUGAGCUCCGGGAACAAGUCAAGCAACAAGGUACAUGAGUGUUCGAUAUGUGGGGCCGAGUUCAGCUCGGGUCAAGCACUGGGGGGUCACAUGAGGCGGCACAGGCCGGUGACGUCCGGGUCAGGAGCCAGCAACACGGAACCCGAGAUCAAGAAGGGAAGACAGGGCCAAGGGUUGCCGGAUUUAGAUCUGAAUCUGCCGGCGCCGGCCACAGAGGAGGAAGAACGGGAGGCGGCCGCCGAGUACGCCUUCGCGUCCAAGGAACAAGUUCUCGUCUUCUCCACGUCUCCUCUGGCCUUGGUGGAUUGCCAUUACUAACAAGCAACUUUGUGUUAUUCUUUUCUUUCUCUCUUUCGCUUCUCGAUCUGCCUUUUGGCACCAAAACUCCGCUGUGGAAUUGACGUGAUUCAUUUAUUUAUUCUUUUUCAAAGAAGAAUUAGCACGUCUU